GUUCUGAGCUGCCCCGAGGAGAUCUUGUGCGGCAUACUCGAGCUCCUACCGAAGUCUGAUCUGCGCGGCAUAUGCCUUCUCAAUCAUCGCAUUCGUCAUGCCGCCGAGCCACUGCUAUACUCUGAUAUUAGCUGGACGUGGCUGGAACAAGAAAGAUCUUCCCUGGUGCCGCUACUGCUCCGGAGCGCUCUUCGAAGACCGGAACUAGGCUCCUUUGUGCGGAGACUUCGCCUGGACGGGAAUACUUGAACUGGCGUCUGGUCCCGCAACCUGCCGCCGAGAAUCCCCGUCGAUGUCUCCCUCGUGGGAGAAGCUGUGGCCUCCGUCCGCGCGAUUGGCAUUCCGCAGGAGCAUCAGCAGCUAUGGACGCAGGAGCUGUCUUCUGGGCGGAUGGACGCAUUCGUAGCUCUGCUCUUGUCAAAACUGCAUGAGCUCCGAGUCUUCCAUCUCGGGCCGAACUUUUGCAAGGACCUUGCGCUUACUGGCAUGAUGCUCCGGUUCGCACUCUGUGCUGGUCCUGCUGGUUCGUUGAACUUGUCCCGGUUCUAUCGACUGGAGGAGCUGUCGUGCCAAAACGACACCUACCCCGGAAUCAAAAAUCCCGUGAGGACCACCUAUACCAUUCUGCCGUUCUUCUACCUCUUGGGGAUACGAAAAGUCAAGGCAGACAUCGAGAACCCCAUCACUAUCUUCACUUGGCCGUCGCACCUGCCCGAUCCGUCUAACCUUACGAUACUAGACCUUCGCGAUGUACGCGAGCUAUUCCUAACCAACCUGCUGGCCGUGACCAAGGGACUUAGGUCUCUCCGUUGGGACUGGUAUUCCAUGAAAAGCGUGGCCAGAUCAGGUGAUCCUGUCUACGAGUCACCUAUAAUCGAUCUCGAUCAGUUCGCCACGGCUGUCCUACAAGUGCGCCACACACUGAAUGAAUUGAUCAUAUCCGGCACCACCGAUGCCCCUGGAGACAGAGAUCAACCCGAGGUCUAUAUUCAUGGCUCACUUCAGGCCUUGGUAGGCUUAGACGAGCUGCGGACGCUUGAGGCUCCUAUGCCAUUUUUGACCGGAACCUUUUCGAUAGCCGAUGGCACCACUCAUAAUCUGGAUCGUGUCCUGGCGAGAAACAUCGAGCGCCUACGUCUCCGGUGCGACUUCUAUUCGGAACGGAACGAAUGGGAAGAGGAAGUUGUUCUGCGUUUUGUCGAGUCGUGGCUCGAUAGUGGGAAUUGGAAGCAGGUCACGCGGCACCUUCGCAGUUUGUCACUACCUACGAAAGAGAGACCGGAGCGAGGCAGGUCGUGAGUUCGGCGACUGGACCAGACGAUACAAGCAACCGCAGCGGAGCUAUGUGGCCGGUUCGGCAUUAAGUAUGAGUGGUAGAUGUAGUAUGCUCGACCUUCUUCUACCUUUCUACGACGCGGACUUUUAGCCGUCCCAACCUACCUUAGGUAGAUAGGACUCUUCUACGUACCUUAAGGUACCUUACGGUAAGGUAAGGUAUAAAGAGAG